GGUUGACGCCGUUUGAUGACGUCACGGUCAUUGACAGCGCGAGGCUGCUGCCGCUGCCACAGUGGAAAGCGGCGGCGUAAAGAGGGUGAGACCCUGAGCUGAACUCCUGACAGUCCAGGGCUCCUUCAGAGGGCGCGGCCCGGAGACCAGGAGUUUGCAGCCAAGGCGGCGGGUUUGCGGUCUGCAGUGUCGUGAGGCUGGGCGAGGCGUUUGGAGGCCCAGCAACCUGACCCUGAAAUCAGUCAGGGGGCGUGUUGGAGGGGAGGCUGCCUACAGGCUGGGUGCAGCAUGUCUAGUCUGGGGGCCUUGGGUGGCGCCCGCGCCGGGCUAGGACUGUUGCUGGGCACCGCCGCGGGCCUUGGAUUCCUGUGUGCCCUUUACAGUCAGCGGUGGAAAAGGACCCGGCGCCACGGCCAGAGCCAGUCAAACUCCCUGGACUAUACGCAGACUUCAGAGCCUGGACGCCACGUGAGGCCCUUGAGGGCUGUCCCAGGUGAGGCUGGCGAUGCUGCAGUGCUGUCCACUCUUCCACGAGCAGGGCAGGAGGAGGUACUGGACCGCCUGGAGUUUGUGCUGACCAGCCUGGUGGCGCUGCGGCGGGAGGUGGAGGAGCUGAGGAGCAGCCUGCAGGGGCUUGCUGGGCAGAUUGUGGGGGAGGUCCGAUCCCACAUUGAAGAGAACCAGAAAGUGGCUCGUCGGCGAAGGUUCCUGUUUUCCCGGGAGAGGAGUGACUCCACUGGCUCCAGCUCUGUCUACUUCACAGCCACCUCGGGGACCACAUUCACAGAUGCAGAGAGCGAAGGGGGUUACACAACAGCCAACGCUGAGUCAGACUACGAGCGGGACUCUGAAAGGGAGAGUGAUGAUGACGGGGAAGAUGAAGUGAGCUGUGAGACUGUGAAGAUGGGGAGAAGGGAUUCUCUGGACCUCGAAGUAGAGGUGGCUUUGGGGCCGGCGCCUGGAGCCCUGGAGGCUGGAGGUUCCCCUGGCCUGGAACAUGUGCUACCCCUCCUGCAGCAGGCGGACGAGCUGCACCAGGGCGAUGAGCAGGGCAAGCGUGAGGGCUUCCAGCUGCUGCUCAAAAACAAGCUUGUGCAUGGAAGCCGGCAGGACUUCCUCUGGCGCCUGGCCCGGGCCUACAGUGACAUGUGUGAGCUUGCUGAGGAGGCGAGUGAGAAGAAGUCCCAUGCCCUCAGUGGAAAAGAAGCAGCGGAGGCCGCCCUGGAGAAGGGGGAUGAGAAUGCUGAAAGUCACCAGUGGUAUGCAGUGCUUUGUGGUCAGCUGGCUGAGCAUGAGAGCAUCCAGAAGCGCAUCCAGAGUGGCUUUAGCUUCAAGGAACAUGUGGACAAAGCCAUUGCUCUCCAGCCAGAAAAUCCCAUGACUCACUUUCUCCUUGGCAGGUGGUGCUACCAGGUCUCUCACCUGAGCUGGCUAGAAAAAAAGACUGCUACAGCCUUGUCUGAAAGCCCUCUCAGUGCCACCGUGCAGGACGCCCUCCAGAGCUUCCUAAAGGCCGAAGAACUGAAACCAGGAUUUUCCAAAGCAGGAAGGAUAUAUAUUUCCAAGUGCUACAGAGAACUAGGGAAAAACCCUGAAGCAAAACAGUGGGUGAAGCUGGCCCUGGAGCUGCCAGAUGUCACUAAAGAGGAUUCAGCUUUCCAAAAGGACCUGGAAGAAUUGGAAGUAAUUUUAGGAGAAUAAUCACAUUUCAGUGGCCUUCAUGACUUGAGAGGGAGGAAAAAAAGAAAAUCAAGUCUUUUUUCCCAGAGACCUUGCUUAGAUCAGGAAACUUAACAAGACUGGUUAAGGGAGUAUCCUGACUCCUGGGUCUGCCUGCUACCUGCAACCAUUCCCCAAUUUCUCCCUACUGUCCACUGGUUAAUUUAUUCUAAUCCCUUAUCCAAUCUGAAACUGGGGAAGUACUUGAGGCCUGGGUUUUCUGUCGUUCUCUCACUAAAGUGAAUUCUUGAAAAAUCAAGGCUAGUAUAAUAUCUGCCCUAGGCCUGAGUGUGGGUAGAGCACUGAAGACUGCCUUCCACCUGCUGGUGAGGUGGAUGAAUGUUAAAGAGCUAUAGGAACAAAACACAGAACUUGUACUCUCUAAUCGUUUUCACUGAUUAAUAAUAUUCAAUACCAAAGUAUAUAGUCCUAAGAUUACUCCCUAACCUGCCAGAAUAAAAGCGUCAGGGCAGGCCAUGGGUAUUGCCUCUUUUUACCUAUCAUGUGGAUUCUAACUAUAUUCCUGGGCCAAGGGCUGGACCACCUAACUUCCAGAGUCCUGGCAGCUUUUGGAAUGAAAGAAAUACAUAAGAUUUAUGAGAUUGUUAAAGUGAUGAUCUGAGGAGUUGCCUGGAAUAUAUUUUGGUACAAAAUUGAAAUAAACCAAAUUUAACUAGAA